UUUAGCUACGGCGAUGAGGACCUGGCUCCCAACACCGCCAACAUCCAGAUGACCUUCCUCCGCCUCCUCUCCACCGAAGGCUCCCAGAACGUCACGUACCACUGCAAGAACAGCAUCGCCUACAUGGACGAGGAGACGGGCAACCUGAAGAAAGCCAUCCUCAUCCAGGGCUCCAACGACGUGGAGAUCAGAGCCGAGGGCAACAGCAGGUUCACCUACAGCGUCUUGGAGGACGGUUGCACGAAACACACCGGCAAGUGGGGCAAGACAGUCAUCGAGUACCGGUCGCAGAAGACCUCCCGCCUGCCCAUUGUAGAUAUUGCACCUAUGGACAUUGGUGGAGCCGAUCAGGAGUUUGGCGUGGAUGUUGGCCCGGUCUGCUUCUUGUAA